UUAACAGCUAAUCGCUGUAAUAUCCAAAUAGGAGAGAGAAAGUUGAGGUGGAAGGCGGUUGUUGAGUUUGUUUCAAUGGCAGCCUUCGCUUCUUCCUCCGCCUCUUUCUCUCUCCUUUCUUCACGUUCGCCGUCAUCUCAACCGCCUUCUCAACCACCUUCUCGUCUCUCUCUUCGCUUCCCUCUCUUCAAACUCACCGCAUCUACUUCCGCCGUUUCUCGAAGAUGUCAUAUCUUAGUCGUCGCUGCUUCUUCGGCUUCUCCGUCUUCGUCUUCGCCUUCGUUUGAGGAUUUCAAUUCCGGCGAUAGUUUUAGGUCUAAGACUCCAAUACUCUUGGAUUUGAUCCAAGACAUCGAACCACUUGAUAUCAGCCUCAUCCAGAAAGACGUUCCUCCUACUACUAUCGAUGCCAUGAAAAGGACUAUUUCAGGCAUGCUUGGCUUGCUUCCUUCGAAACAAUUUCAAAUACUUAUUGAGGCUUUGUGGGAACCUCUGUCCAGAUUGUUGGUAUCUUCCAUGAUGACUGGUUAUACUUUAAGAAAUGCUGAAUAUAGGCUCUGUCUGGAAAAAAACUUUUUUGACCUUCAUGAAGAAGAUAAUGACAGUCACAAGUCAGAGUCCCUUAAUCUUGGUGUGCAGGAACUGUUAUUUGACAGUGUCAGAAGAAUUCAAAUUGCCAGUGAAAGUGCUGUUUCUUCUACUGGUGAGGAAGUUUCGGAAAAUCUGUUUGAAGAUUCCUGUAAUGAAGAUCUUGGAGAAAUGACCCCUGAAAUUCAUUCCUACAUUCGCCACUUGCGUUCUCGUUUAUCUGCUACCAAGAAGGAGCUGAAAGAAGUCAAGAGGAAGAAUGCUGCUCUUCAGAUGCAACAAUUUGUGGGCGAGGAAAAGAAUGAAUUAUUGGAUUACCUGCGUUCAUUGCAACCAGAAAAGGUAGCAGAGCUGUCAGAACCAACAUCUGCUGAAGUCAAAGAAACAAUUCAUUCUGUUGUCCAUGGUCUACUUGCAACAUUAUCUCCAAAGAUGCACUCUAAAGCUCCUCCUAUGUCAGAGAAGAAUGCUGCUGGAGCUUUAAAUAUUGGAAAUGAUGACUGUGCAGAACUCACCGAAAACACCUCGCUUAAUUUUCAGCCCAUUAUCUCAUUGACAAGAGACUACCUCGCACGGCUUCUAUUUUGGUGCAUGCUGUUGGGACACUACAUUAGAGGACUAGAAUAUCGAACACAGCUGACAGGACUACUUUCGGUUUCACCAAACAAGGAAGAUGAUUGUGAUGGCAAUGAGCAGACUGCCUGAAAGGUAUUUCUAUUGCUAUCAUCCCAAUGACGACGAGGGAGAGUAUGCCUGAAAAUGCACCAUCUAUUUAUAUUUGUCUAAAAUGUAGAGUGUGCAAAAAGGCACAGUUAGUGUUUCCUCUGCGAGGGUUGUAUCUUGUGUAUCGAUUAGUUGUUAAUUUCCUUUCUCUCUAGCUUUUUGUUUGUAAUAUCUUUUUUUGUAUGUAAAAAUAUAAACUUUGACAGCAUCCUCUAAAGGUUCGUGUAUUACAAAAAGUGAUAAAGAAAAUCAAGACUUCCUUUCUUC